UGGAAUGUUUCGUUUUCCCCUAAUGAUAAUAAUAAUAAUAUUCAUUGUUUCUCAUUUAUUCAACACUCGGCUCUCUAUAGUCUCUAGUCUCUCCCAGUCCCAGGCCAGGGGUUUACCGAUCACUCAAAAAGCAACACAAUAAUGAAAGUGAGGGAAAAAGGUUUUUGAUUCUCUUUUCACUCUUUCCUUUCCCAACACUUCACUCUUACCUAAUCAAAUCUCGAUGUGAUCCUAUCAAUCUGAAGAUACAAACUCCAAAUCACACUUACCCAAUUCGGGUUUUCCAUGGAUUUCGUUGAAUUGGAGGCGAUCGAGGGUCUCCGGUGGGCCUGGAACUCAUGGCCCGCGUCCAAACCUGAUUCGACCGCCUUGAUUAUCCCUCUCAGUAUUAUGUGCACGCCAUUGAUGCAACAGCCGGAGCUUCCCAUUCUUUCUUACGAACCUGUCGUUUGCUCUCAAUGUGCUGCCGUUUUGAACCCUUAUGCCAGGGUUCAAUACGCUUCCCGCAUUUGGUUCUGCCCCUUUUGUCAGCACAAGAACUCGUUCCCCUCCUCUUAUGCCGGAAUCGGAGAGACUAAUCUUCCGGCUGAGCUUUUCCCGACUUACAGCGUCGUUGAGUACGCGCCCGGUAGGAAAAUCACCAGCGGUGGUCCCUCGAGUACGGGCUCUGGUUUGAACCUCAGUUACAAGAGCAGGCCAAAUGGGUUGUCUUCAUCUUCGUUGUCGUUAUCGUCUAUGGCUUCGGUGUCGUCGUUGGCGGGUUUGGACUCGCGCUCGAUCGGUCCUGCUUUUGUGUUUGUGGUGGAUGCUUGUUCGGCUGUGGAUGAGUUUCGGGCACUCAAGAACGAGCUGAUGCGUGUUAUAGAGCAGUUGCCUGAAAAUGCUCUUGUUAGUCUAGUUACGUUUGAUUCAAUGGUUCAUGUUCAUGAUCUUGGAUUUUCUGAGUGUUCGAAGGUCGUGAUGUUUCAUGGUGAACGGGAGCUAUCAUCUGAUCAGACACAACAAUUUCUGGGGUUUAAACACACAAAGCCAAAGCCCCUUGGAACUACAUCAAUUUUACAAAACCAAGGCUUUCUGAUACCAGUUUCUGAAUGUGAAUUUAAUAUUACAACUGCAAUUGAAGAGAUUCAUUGUUCACAUGAAGUUAAACGAGGCCAUCGUCCUCAAAGAUGUACAGGGGCAGCUAUAUCAGUUGCGAUUGGACUUCUAGAAGGAUGCUUAGGAAACACUGGCUCACGAAUCAUGGUAUUUACAUCAGGACCUGCAACUCUAGGUCCUGGAAUUGUUGUAGACUCAGAUCUUAGUAAUUCCAUCAGAACUCACAGGGAUCUCAUCAAUGGUUGCGCACCCUAUUAUAGAAAAUCUUGCAGCUUCUACAAGCGAUUGUCACAGAGGUUAUCUGAUGCAUCUAUUGUUCUUGAUUUGUUUGCUUGCUCUCUUGAUCAAGUUGGAUCAGCAGAGCUGAAGGAUGCUGUUGAGAAAUCUGGGGGUUUCAUGAUGUUAGCAGAGUCAUUUGAGUCGAGUCAAUUCAGAAGCUGCCUGAGGCAAAUUUUUACCCGUGAUGAAGAGGGGCAUUUGAAUAUGUAUUUUGAUGCAACUAUUGAGGUAGUGACGACAAAAGAUUUAAAAAUAUGUGGUGCCUUAGGCCCUUGUGUUUCUCUUCAGAGAAAGAACAACUUAGUGAGUAGUGAUGAAAUUGGGGAGGGUGGCACGUUUAUUUGGAAGUUAGGUACACUCACCAACAAAACAUGCUUUGCAUUCUUUUUCCAAGUGAGUGAUGAGCAGGAGAUUCAACCCGGAUCUGCAUUUUUCAUUCAAUUCAUAACAAGAUACAGAAAUGGGAGUAUGGGAAUCCGGAAAAGAGUGACAACUGCUGCUAGAAGAUGGGUCGGGAAACGAGCACCUGAAAUUGAUGCAGGGUUUGAUCAAGAGGCAGCAGCAUCUGUGAUGGCCAGACUCGCCAUUGAUCGAGCAGAGGGGCAUUUUGCUCGAGAUGUCAUAAGAUGGCUGGAUGACGCAUUGAUCCGUUUUGCCUCAAAGUUUGGAGAUUACGUGCCAGAAGAUCCAUCUUCAUUUCGCUUGUCAUCCAACUUCUCUCUUUAUCCCCAGUUCAUGUACUACUUAAGGAGGUCUCAGUUUAUUGAUGUUUUUAACAGUACCCCAGACGAGACUGCUUUCUUUCGCCUAAUGCUGAAUCGUGAAGGGGUAGUCAGCUCACUUAUCAUGAUCCAGCCUACACUUUUUGAGUACUCCUUUGAUGGUCCACCAGUUCCAGUCCUCCUAGACGUUCGCUCUAUCUUACCAGAUGUAAUCUUGCUCUUCGAUUCAUACUUCUACGUAGUUAUCCAUUAUGGAUCGAAAAUCGCUCAAUGGAGGAAGCUUGGUUAUGACAAGGAUCCAAACCAUGAGAACUUAAGAAAGCUGUUGGAAGCCCCAGAGCUCGACGCAGAGCAAUUGGUGGUUGAACGAGUUCCAGCUCCUAAGCUAAUAAGGUGUGACCAACAUAGUAGCCAGGCAAGAUUUCUUCUGGCCAAGCUGAAUCCUUCUGUUACUCAAAAUUCAACCUACACAAACGGGUCAGAUAUUAUUUUCACAGAUGAUUUGAGUUUGCAAGUCUUUUUAGAUCACUUGCAGGUCCUGGCAGUGCAGGAUUGAUAAGGUGGAGCUCUGUAUAUAACCAUAUAUAUGUUUCUCCACAAUACAAUUUUUAUAUAAAGAGAAUUUUUGUGUAUAGCUUUUGAGGGAAAUAGAUGCCUUAUUUUCUAUACCGACUAUAGGUUUCAUACGUUGCUUUGAUUGAGUGGGAAUAUAUUUUUUUUUUCAA